GUGCUAAUGCCAUUCUUCUCAGAAAGCAUCCAGGACCGAUCCAAGGAGCUGCUAUCUGCGGAAUCUGACCUCUGCAGAACUAAAAGUGCUUCGGGCUGUUGUAAACUGCAGAGCAGGAGCGAUUCUGCUUUUCCAGCUCCCGGCACCAACAGCUCCACCGUGAAAAGGAGAGCGCUGGAUCUGAAACCGGUUAGCAGAGAGCGGAGCGGCCCCAGCCCGGCCCCACCUCUCCCGGCACUGACAGCGGCACCGGAGCGGCCGCUCCCGACGGGACGGGCCCGAGGUAGGGCGGGGGCGGCCGCGCUGCGCCUUUAAGCCCCGGCCGUGAUGUCACCGCCGCCAGGCUCCGCUCCGAGCCGUCCGCUGCGGCCCCGCCGGGACCCCCCCGAGCCCCCCUCGGCAGCGGCUCGGCAUGAGCAGCCUCCAGCUCCAGGACUUUGCCGCCGGCUGGGUGGGCGGAGCCGCGAGUGUGGUUGUGGGCCAUCCCCUGGACACUGUCAAGACUCGUUUGCAAGCUGGACAAGGAUAUGGAAAUACGCUCAACUGCGUUCUUACUGUGUACAGAAAUGAGUCUGUGGCUGGCUUCUUCAAAGGCAUGUCCUUCCCUCUGGCCAGCAUUGCUGUUUACAGCUCGGUGGUGUUUGGUGUCUUCAGCAACACGCAGCGGCUGCUGGGCCAGUUGAGGCACGGGGACACGUCCCACGCACCGACACUGGUGGAUGUGGCUCUUGCCAGCACGGUGGCUGGAUUCAUCUCUGUCGGCAUUGGCACGCCCGUUGACCUGGUGAAGAUCAGGCUGCAGAUGCAAACACAGACAUACAGCACAGCCGAUGUUAAACUAAAGCCCACAGUUCCUGGCUUUCCUGUGUAUCGAGGCCCAAUUCACUGCUUUAGGACAGUCCUACAGAAAGAAGGGAUAGCAGGGAUCUACCGAGGCAUGGGAGCAAUGCUGCUGAGGGAUGUUCCUGGGUACUGCCUGUAUUUCAUCCCUUACACGUUUUUCUGUGGUUGGAUUACCCCUGAUGGAUGCAUUUCUCCUAAUCCCACUUCUAUCUGGCUUGCAGGGGGUGUCGCAGGAGCCAUUUCCUGGGGGACCGCUACUCCAAUGGAUGUUGUGAAAAGUCGGCUCCAGGCAGAUGGAGUUUAUCUGAACAAGUACAAGGGGAUUCUUGACUGUAUCUUGCAGAGCUACCAGAACGAAGGCCUAAAAGUCUUUUUUAGGGGCAUCACGGUCAAUGCAGUACGAGGAUUCCCAACGAGUUCAGCCAUGUUUCUUGGCUAUGAACUUUCUCUCAAAGCAAUGAAAAGAGGCCACACUGAGACCAAUCCUUAACUUCCAGAGUUUCCAAGAUGACCUGACCAGAGUCCUCCUUUCCUGAGCCAAACCAGCAGCCUGGAGGCAGUGAGGACUCGCUGGUUUGACCGAAGACUCCUGGCACUGCAGAAGCCCACAGUGAUGGCAUCUGCUUUCCCUUCCACUGUGGCCUUGGGCCCUGGAGGUCUCCAAACCUGCACCAGCUCAACCAAAUCCAAAGACCAUUUUAUUUUUAAAUCUCUCACUCUGUUGUCUAGAGCACCUUACUAAUUCCCGUGGUGUGUUGCACUUUUUCGCUAACGACGUUUUUCUCCUUGAGCCGAAAGAACAACUUCCCUUACCUGCACAGAUGAGAUACACCCAAAACCACCCCACAUGGCAUGAGCUGAGUGAGUGCCUUUUGCAUGAUAUCAUGCAUAAUGUUCAUCUUCUUCGUGAACAAGGACCUCCUGCUUUGGAAAGAGAAGAGAUGAGUGCUUUGGGUACAUGGGUACAUUUUGUGUAGGAAGGUUUGGAUUCCUAUCAAAUCCCAACUUGCUUUCAGGAUCAAAGAAGCAGAUGACUGUACCUAUGUGAAUGAUUGCUCCUGUUUUGCAUCACAGAAUUCCCCACUUUUACCACAGUGUGACACAUUAUCUUGUAAAGAUACGAAGGGCUUUGACUUUCACUUUAUCUAAGAUGUAAAUUAAAUCGGGAAACAUCAAGAUAUUAAAUUCAGAUUCUAAGCUGCUCUUUUUCUUCAGAAAGCAAUAAAGCUAGCCCUCACUUUGUAUAGAUGGCUGCCUAUUGAUUGAACUGACUUUGCCUGUGUGGCCCUCCGGGGGCCUGCUAGAGGCACAUGCAGGUACCUGACAGAGCAUCUGAUUUUCUAAUGGGACAAUCCACCCUGAGAGCUGCCUUAUCCUGCUGACUUUGCCUUGCUUUGCACUCUUGAGCAGACACCACCAAAGGAAGUCUCUCUCUAAGGCAUGCAAAGUCUGUCCCAAGCUAUAUUCUCUCAAAUACAGAGGCCAGCUUUAGAUCUCCGGCUCUGCUGCAAUCCUGCUGAGAUGACUGUGAGGCACCCAGGUCUCUCUCUUUGGUCUACCUCAAUCUUUCCGCUCAUCUGAAGACCUCUUACGUUGUGAUUAUUUCUCUUUAUGCUGUUAAAUACCUCCACUCUUUAUUUCCUAAGCAUGGAGCUUCUGACGCCAAAAAAAAAAAAAA